AUGAAAGUGGAACAAGACUGCGGUGGUGGUGGUGGUGUUGGUGGUGGUGGUGGUGGCAAGGACAGCUGUAACUCGGUGGGGUCUAUCUGUGGUGGUGAUGUGGAAGUGAGACAACAGCCUUCCACCCUCAUGACGUCACUCGCUGUUCUGCUUCCCUUGCUCUGCCUCCUGUUGGUCCCCGCUGCCGCCCAGGAGGAACACCGACAAGCAACACAGGAUGGACAAGGAGAUGUAGCACAGGAUGAACAAGGACAAGCAACACAGGAUGGACAAGGACAUGGAGGACAGGAUGGACAAGGACAAGGAGCACAGGAUGGACAAGGACAGGUAGCACAGGAUGGACAAGGACAGGUAACACAGGAUGGACAAGGACAGGCAGCACAGGAUGGACAAGGACAGGCAGCACAGGAUCGACAAGAACAGGUAGCACAGGAUGGACAAGGACAGGCAGCACAGGAUCGACAAGAACAGGUAGCACAGGAUGGACAAGGACAGAUAACACAGGAUGGACAAGGACAAGGAGCACAGGAUGGACAAGGACAGGAAGCACAGCAUGGACAACAACAGCAACAAGAACAACAACAACAACAACAUGAACAACAAGAGCCACAACAACAACAACAACAACAACAACAACAACAAGAGCCACAACAACAACAACAACAACAACAACAACAACAACAACAAGACCACAGCCCGUCCCAGGAAGAACAAGGCCACCAAGGACAGGAUGGACAACAACAACAACAACAACAACAACAACAACAACAACAACAGGACAUCCCACCAAGCCUGAGGGACUGGGUGCUCAAGAGUCACUCCCACGCGGCACACACGGAGGAGGGGGAGUGGGACCACGCGGUGUUUGGUGGGGAGCAGGAUUUCCUCGCCUUCAUUUCUCACGACUUCGAUGAGGAUGACCAUUUAGACGGCACCGAGUUGUUCCAGGCGUUUAGCGAAGAUGGCGAGGGUGUGUGGCGGGCGGUGCGUGAGCUGGAGUCCCUGGUUGAUCUUCUUCUCCACCACUUCGAUGGAGACAAGGAUGGCAAGCUGUCCUACUUUGAGUUUUCCAAGUCUUCUCUACCUCCCAGCCGAGCCUUUGUCUGAUUCUCUGUCUCUCUGUCUCUCUGUCUGUCUGUCUGUCUGUCUGUCUGUCUCUCUCUCUCUCUCUCUCUCUCUCUCUCUCUCUCUCUCUCUCUCUCUCUCUCUCUCUCUCUCUCUCUCAUUUUAUUCUUCGUUUCUUUCUUUUCGUGUCUUUAUCACAAUUUACUAUAUCUCUUUCAGUACUAUCUUCACUCCUACCCCUUAACACACACACACACACACACACACACACACACACACACACACACACACACACACACACACACAAACAGUAACCAGUUCGAGUAUUUUUUUUUUCUCUUCAUUUCUUCGUUUUUUUUUCUUGUUUGUUUGUUAGUGUGAAUACCGCAUCGUGUGAAUAAGAGUGUUUAUAUUUACGCUAAGGUGAACAUGAUGAAUAAAGUGAUGUGAAGCUAA